GUGGCGUAGUGUGCCAUGGAACAGCCCAGUGAGAAGACGCAGGAGGGGGAGCAGAAAGAUCGCCAAAGUCAGGAAGUGAUAGAAGUGGCAUCCGAUCAAGGAAAUUCACCAGACUCAACAGAAAGUUAUCCAGAUGUCGAUCAGAAGUCACCUAAACGAAUUGAUGUUGAGGAACCAAAGGAGGAGAACUCAAAUAACAGCGAAGCAGUGCAGGAUUUAGAAGAUAAUCGUGUGAAAAAGGAGGAAUUGGUGGCAGAGUUGGAGGAACCGAGAGGUGCUGAGGUGGAGCACAUUGAAAAACAACUAGCCAAAGAGAUUGAUUCGAAAGUGAUCGACAAACAAGAGCUCAAAGGCAUAGAGGAGCUUGAUAAAAAAAUUCCCCAGUUGAAUCAAACAUUUGGAGAUCAGUUGUUGGAAGGAGAUGAUGAGCCUGAGGCGAAAUCAAAGGAUGAGCUGGCAGAGAAUGCGGACAGGGAAAAACUAGCAGAAAUCUCUGCGAGUGAGAUUCAGCUCACUGGCAACCUAGCAGCUCCAGCAGAGCAAGUUGAUCAGAAGGAAGCCGAACCAGAUCCACAUGAAGACACCGAAGAUGAACGAAAUGGGGAGGUGAAUAGAGAGCACCCAGACAGGAUGGAGAGUCCUGUAGAGCAACAAGAGGACACAGCCAAGCCAGACGAAGAUCUGCCCAACGAGCAGGUUACACAGUUCCUUCGCCAACUGGUCAGCCAGCUGUGGCCAGAGCUGGGCGCCAAUCCGGAACUGCGUCUGGAAAGGGCGAGUGCCAAGGGCGACAACUAUUUGGGCGUGGUGUGGCGCCUACAGGCGGCAUCCGAUUCGAAACGCAGCCUGGUGGUUAAACUGCCGCCACAGAAUCGCGUGCGCCGCAAGCAAUUCUUUGCACGACCAUGUUUCCUGCGCGAGACGGCAGCAUAUGAGGUCUUUCUGCCGCUGACUGCGUUAAUUCAGGAUAAGUGGAAGAUAAUCGGAGAUGAUCGUUUCCGGCAGCACGCGCUCUGUUUCGGAACUCGCCAGGAUGAGCCCAACGAGUGCAUCGUGCUGGAGGAUCUGUCUUGUGCCGGCUUCUCACUGCACAAUCGCUUUCUCGACCUAUCCGUCGAGCAUGUGCGUCGCGUAAUGCUCACCUAUGCCAAAUUACAUGCUAUAUCAUUGGCCGGGAAACGGCAGUUGCCCGAGAAAAUGCAACAACUGCAGCAGCUGGUGGAUAUCUUUGAGCAGCGACGCGAUGAUCAUGCCUUGGGGGUCUACUUCGAGAAUCUGAAGGAAAGCGCCCUAUCCGCACUGCUCGCACCGGCGGAUGAUGCAUACAGAGUUCGUCUGGAGGCGUACUUCGCCAGAGGAUCGUACUUUGAGCUGCUGCUGCCUUUGGUCAGCGGAUUCAAUUGCGAACCCUUCGCUGUUAUUUGCCACGGCGAUUGCUGGAAUAACAACAUUCUCUACAAGAGUACAGAGCGGGGCGAGCUCGAGGACGUGCGCCUGAUCGACUGGCAACUGAUGCGAUAUGCCUCGCCGGUCACCGAUCUAGCUUACUUCCUCUUCACUUGCACUUCGCGGCGAUUCCGGCAGCGACACCUCGAAAAUAUGCUCGAGGAUUACUAUGAAGAGUUGGGCCUGCAGCUGAUUAGACUAGGCGAGCGGGUGGAGCAACUUUUUCCCCGUCCUGCAUUCGAUGAACAGGUGGCUACCAAAGCGGCUGUGGGCCUGCUUCUCGCCAUGAUGGUUCUACCCAUUGUAACGAUGCAGGGUCAGGAUGUGCCCGACCUUCAGGCAAUUAGCGAGCGCAUCGAGGCGGGGGCCACUACGGAUCUCCAUGGAGCUGGUUUCCUGGGCGCGGGCAACGAGGCUACAUUUAAACAGCGUAUACGCGAGGUGAUCCUCGACUGUGUGGACUUUAAUUACAUAUAGAUGGCUCACCUUCUGGCGCGCCACUUGCAUCGGAUUCAGCCGAAGCUUCUUGGCACUGGUGCCAAAACGCAGGGUGGACAACGUCUCGCUGAGAUCGCAUUGAUGCGGACUGAUGCAGGCCAGAAAGGUCAGAUACGACUGCGCGGUUAGCGAGGCUGCAAAGAAUGAAAACGGCAAGAAGUUGCAGUCAAUAUUUAUAGUAGUCACUAAGUCGCUAAUCAAUAAAGGCUUGAACCC